GCAGUACUAACCUUCACUGCUGAAGACUCUGAAGAGGAGGGCGCAGAGCCCAGCUGGGAAAGACAGGAGACCAUGUUCUAGAUGUAUCACAGGAGGCUGCUGUGGGGAGUACGGCUCAUAAUAAUGGCCUGAACGGAGCGACUGGAGUGGCAUCAAACGCAUGGAAACCAUGGGUGGUUCUCAAAAUUCAUACUACCGCACGGGAGGGUCGGCGCGAGUCCAAAUCAAAGAACUCAGGGCUGUGCUGCAGGAACAUGAGUGGAACGUAGCAGACGCCUUGGAGGCGCUUCGCAUGUUCUCUGACCCAGAGGAAUACACCAGCUCUCCUGAAGUCAAGCAAAAGGAACCUAAAGCCAAGAGUGACGCCAAGCCAAGCAGAGAGUCCAAGGACGGCAUGGAGGAAGCCAAGCCAAGCAAAGCUUCCCCUCGGAAAUGGAUGUUCAAGAAAUUUGCCCCUGAAUCCAAACCUACCUCCUCUUCAAAUUUGCAGAGCCUGAAGAUGUCCAACGGGACCAGCAUGGCUAGAAAGGAGGGCGAGAGGGCCAGCAGCUCGGAGGGCGAGAGGACAAGCAUGGCUAGAGAGGAGGGCGAGAGGACCAGCAUGGCUAGAAAGGAGGGCGAGAGGACCAGCAUGGCUAGAAAGGAGGGCGAGAGGGCCAGCAGCUCGGAGGGCGAGAGGACCAGCAUGGCUAGAAAGGAGGGCGAGAGGGCCAGCAGCUCGGAGGGCGAGAGGACCAGCAUGGCUAGAAAGGAGGGCGAGAGGGCCAGCAGCUCGGAGGGCGAGGAGGCGACCAGCAGCGAGUUUGAGGGCGAGGACGAGGAGCUGGACUCUGGGGCGGAAGACGAGGGCACAUCCACGCUACAAGGCCAGAUCCUGCUCUUCUUCCAGGAGGCCUCGCUGGACGAGCUGUCCCUCAUCACUGGAUGUUCGUUGAAGAAGGCCAAGAAGAUCGUGGAGCUGCGCCCUUUUGCUUUUUGGCACAAGCUGAAGGAGCAGUUCUGCAAGGAGAGCGGCCUGUCUGUGGAGCUGCUGCUGGGCUGCAGGGUGGUGCUGAGGGAGAGAGCCGUGCUCCGGGGUCUCAUGUCCAAGUGCCAGAACAUCUCGGGCAGGAUGGUGAAGGGAGUCAUCCAGGUCAUCGACAACGGCAUGGGCUCCAUGACCCAGCCCUCCAUCCUCAACAGAAAGUUAAAAUUGAAACCCUACCAGUUGAUUGGGCUGAAGUGGCUUCUCCUGCUGCACCAACACAAGCUGAGUGGAAUCCUGGCUGAUGAGAUGGGUUUGGGAAAGACCAUCCAGACCAUAGCCUUCCUGGCCAGGCUGUACCAGGAUGGCAUCAAAGGCCCCCACCUCAUCACUGUGCCCACCUCCACCAUGGAUAACUGGGUUCGGGAGCUAAAGCUGUGGUGCCCCAGUCUCAAGGUGCUAGUCUAUCACGGCUGUGUGAAGGACCGUCAGUAUCUGCGACAUGACAUUCUGAAUAAUCGGGUGGACUUCAACGUCAUCGUGGCCACAUACACCCUGGCCAUCGGCAACUACAGCGACCGCAGUCUCUUCCGCAAGCUCAAACUGAAGUACGCCGUGUUUGACGAGGGCCACAUGCUGAAGAACAUGACGUCCCUCCGUUACCGCCACCUCGUGGCCAUCAAUGCUGAGCACCGGCUGCUCCUGACCGGCACCCCUGUGCAGAACAACCUGCUGCAGCUGAUAUCGCUGCUCAACUUCAUCAUGCCCUCCAUGUUCUCCAGCAGCACCACGCAGAUAGCCAAGAUGUUCUCCAUGAAAUCCCAUGAGGAGCAGAGUCGUUUCGAGAGGGGCCGCAUCGCCCAGGCUAAACUCAUCAUGAAACCUUUCAUGCUCAGACGAGUCAAGAGUGACGUUCUUAAGCUGCUGCCAGCGAAGGAGGGGAAGUUGGUAUUCUGCCCGAUGAGUGAGAAGCAGCAGCAGCAGCUUUACCAGACCAUGGUGGGCAAGUUCAAGAAGUCUGCCAUCGGAGAGAAGAGAGAGCUGUGCAACGUGAUGAUGCAGCUGAGGAAGAUGGCCAACCACCCUCUGCUCCACCGGCAGUACUACACCACAGAGAGACUGGAGGCCAUGAGUAGCCUCAUGAUCAAGGAGCCGACCCAUUUUGAUGCAGACCCAGUGCUGAUCCAAGAGGACAUGGCUGUGAUGUCUGACUUUGAGCUCCACAGGCUGUGCCAGCAGUACUCGUCCUUGGACAAAUACCAGCUGGACAGAGACCUUGUACUGGACUCUGGGAAGUUUCACCUGCUCCAGACACUACUUGCCACGCUCAAGACCAAGGGAGACCGAGUAGUGCUCUUCAGUCAGUUCACCAUGAUGCUGGACAUCCUAGAGAUUCUGCUCAAACACCUGGGCCACCGCUACAUCAGACUGGACAGCUCCACGCCCAUAGCAGACAGGAUCGUGCUGAUUGAUGACUACAACACGGACCCGGAAAUCUUUGUGUUCCUGCUGUCGACGCGGGCCGGAGGCCUGGGUAUCAACCUGACCUCAGCCAACGUGGUCAUCAUGCAUGACAUCGACUACAACCCUUACAACGACAAACAGGCUGAGGACCGUUGCCACAGACUAGGGCAGACCAGGACAGUCCAGGUGAUCAAGCUGAUCCAGAAGGACACCAUAGAGGGCUGCAUGCUGCAGCUGGGUCAGAAGAAACUCAAACUGGAGCAGGACAUGACUGCUGCCGAGGUGGGUGACGAGGGCACCAUACCCGAGGACAUGGCCUCUCUGCUCAAAGCAUCACUGGGCCUGUGAGGAUCUGGGAUCCAGCCUGGAGCGUCACCGCCCAGGCGCCACCGAUUGACUGAAACUUGCCACGGAUACUUGAAUCCUCCUCCUGGAACUUUGUGGGUCUCCCUGCUCAUACCCACCCAUGAGACACAGCUGUCCACUUCCAACAGUCUGGAAUAGAGAUGAUAUGAAUGGAUUGUUUGCCCCUGUUGACAGUGUCGUUGAGGCCACUCUGCUCUGUGCAGAACUAGGGAUGUAUUCAUUAGGAACGAAAGCAAAAGGGCCAAAACGGGGAAGGACUAACCUGAACUUGUCCAUUUAAGAAAUGCUCGUUUUUGUUGCGGUUGUACCGUAAAACCCAUGCCGAAGCUGUUACUUGGCCGUUUGUAUUUUUUUUUUUUUGUAUGUCCUUGUUGCGACAUCAACAGGGUUUGUCGAAACAGUAAAUAAAGAUUUUAAUAUUUAAUGGUUUAUUUUUAAAGUA